AUGUCUGUUUUUGGCGACGGUUCGGUGUACGACCUGGAGUUCAGAUCCACCGCAGAUGACGCGUGGUACAGCGCACGAGUGGUGGUAGAAAACGACACGAUGACUGUGAAGCUCUGUGAUUUUCCGGAUUCUGUCGACGAGAAGUUCAAUGCCGCCGAUUUCAAGACUCCGGAGGACGUAGACGAGUUCGUGCAGAGGUUCCGACAGAUAUCGGAGCAGUUACAGGACAGCCAUUGCUCGCGACUCGUCGAAGGCCUGACUGUCUGUGCCUUGUUUAAGUUGAAAGAGGACGAUAUUCGCUUCUACGACGCUGUUGUCGAGGCGGUGCACAAUAGCAAACAUUCAUUUGUGAAUGAAGAAGAGGAGUGCUUGUGCACCUUUGUGCUGUUCUGGCAACAUGGUCCCAAGUGGGGUGAGAUGACACCAGCAAAUAUUGCAGAUAUUUGCCUUAUUGAAUCUAGUGCUUCACUUGAUCCCAGAGUGACCUCUUUCUCAAGAAUGGCAAAGGAGAAAUUUGAAAUCUGUUCCCGAAAUUCUAGUUCAGUCUCAGAUGGUGGCAUUUCAUUGUCUAAGAUAGGUAAAUGUGAUAAGGAAAAGAUUUGCUCUACCAUCAAACCAAAGUCGAGUUCAUCUCAGUGUAUAAUUCAGGAGGAGAGUGCCGGGCAGUUUGGCAGUUUGGUGGGGAAAGCUGAAGGGAAGGUUCGCAAAAUAUGUCAACAGGAUCAUGAUAGAGAUUUGGGAGGCAAUUAUAUUGACAUGAAUUCUAUUAAAAAUCCGCGAAUUCACUAUUUCAUACUAAUUGAGAACAUAGAGAAAGACUUGUCCCCUUCAUCUAUCAUGGAAUUCAUCCAUAAACAAACUUCUGUCUCACCACUAGCAUACGUUUUCCCAAGUUUGUCAAUGGAGUCCUAUACAAGGGGAGCCAUUGUGUUAGAUUGCAAAAAGGAGCUUUGCAAGAUAAAUGAGUUUUUAAAUAAUCCUGAUCACAUUAUAUUGUCUUCAAGGGGAAGGCCGUGGGUCAUAACUGAAAAAUCAGUAAAGCAUGGAACUUUUAAAAUGGGUCUUGGGGGCUUGAUGCCAAAAUCUCAGUAUGAAAUUCAAAAUACAAACAUUGAGAAUGAAUUAAGGGUCGUUCAUUCAGGAACCGGAGAAUUCAGGACAGCAAAGAGAUUAAGGGACUUAUUUGUGGAGUUUGUGGAUCACCAACAUAGACUUCACAAGAGACUAGCAUUGGAGGAGAGGGAAAUCUUGCAGCAAAGACUUGCAGUUUAG